AUGGAGGUUGAGGACGGAGCGGAGCUCUGCUUUCCACAGUUCCCAAACACCUCCUGCAGGAAGCCCUCCUCUUCUUGGCCCCAAACACUACUCAUUUACAUUGUGUGGUUCUGUAUCUCUCUGACCACUGUGACUCUCAACCUGCUCAUCAUCAUCUCAAUCUCCCACUUCAGACAGCUCCACACCCCCACCAACAUCCUCCUCCUCUCUCUGGCUGUCUCAGACCUUCUAGUGGGCCUCCUGCUGAUGCCUGUAGAAGUUCUCCGACAAACAUCCUGCUGGUUUCUUGGUGACUAUGGGUGCCAUAUGUAUGCUAUUGUUUCAGUCAUCAUUCCCUCCUCAUCAAUAGGUGACAUAGUGCUCAUAUCAGUUGACCGUUAUGUGGCUAUAUGUGACCCUCUACAUUACCCCACUAAAGUCACUGCGAGAAGAGUUCAAUUCUGUGUUUGUCUGUGUUGGCUCUGCUCCAUUUCCUACAGCCUUCUUUAUUUAAAGGGUGUCCCAACUCAACCGGGCGGGUAUCAAUCCUGUUACGGAGCAUGUGUGUUUUUCUAUGACAAUAUUUCAUUGACUGUUGAUCUUGUUUUGACCUUUAUUGUUCCAGUUUCAGUCAUCGUAGCUCUGUAUCUAAGAGUAUUUGCCGUGGCUGUGUCUCAGGCCCGUGCCAUGCGCUCUCACAUUACAGCUGUCACAUUACAGCUGUCAGUGACUCCAAAGGCAAAGAAAUCAGAGCUGAAAGCAGCCAGGACUCUUGGUGUUCUAGUAGUUGUGUUUCUAAUAUGUUUCUGUCCAUAUUACUGUUUAGCUCCUAUAUUGCUCACCACUUCUAUUGCCUCCAUUGUGAUCCCAAUGUAUUAUUCUAACUCUUGUCUUAACCCUAUGAUUUAUGCCUUGUUUUACCCCUGGUUUAGAAAAGCAGUUAAACUCAUAGUCACUCUUCAGAUACUGCAGCGUGGCUCCUGUGAGACCAACAUGCUGUAGAGCGGCUGUGGAGGGACUGAGAUCAGACUCGGUCUAAGGAUUAAAUGAAUGAAUAUGUUCCCGUUGUUCAGUAAGUG